AUGCAGACAGAACAGCUGGUUACUCUUUGGAUUCUCUUUAUUGUCACAGUUGCUGGAAACUCCAGUGUGCUGCUCUCUACCUGGAAGAGGAAGAGGAAAUCCCGAAUGACCUUUUUUGUGACACAGUUAGCCAUCACAGAAAGGCAGGCAAAAAUUCUCAGCAUGGUGGCAUGGAGCCUCUCUUUCCUGUUUUCGAUUCUGACUCUGAUUAUAUUUGGGAAAUGGCAGCUAUCCAAUGCGGAAAUGCAGUGCUGGGCCGUCUGGCCUGAUGACUCCUACUGGAUACCCUACAUGACUGUGGUUGCUUUCCUGGUAUAUUUCAUUCCUUUGAUUAUCAUCAGUGUCAUUUACUUCAUUGUGAUUCGAACCAUAUGGAUGAAGAGUAAACCUCAUGCUGUGAUUGUUUCCAACUGUAUUGAUGGCAAAUUCUGUGCCAGCAACACCCAUCGAGGGCUCAUAUCAAAGGCUAAAGUUAAAGCUAUCAAGUACAGUAACAUUUUAAAUCUCCCUCUCACUUUUGCAGCAUUUGUACUCUGCUGGAGCCCUUACUUUCUCUUUGAUAUCCUGUACGACUUCAAAGUACUCCCUGAGACCAACGAACGCUUCUAUGCAUCUGUGAUUAUUCAGAAUCUACCAUCUUUAAACAGUGCCAUUAAUCCCCUCAUCUACUGCAUCUUCAGCAACAGCCUUUGCCAUCCUUUUGGGAAAAGAAGAGCAAGAAACUUAGGGAGAACUUUCAGAGACCAAACUGAUGGGCAGGAGAUGCACGCUCUGUCCAAGCCCGAAUACAUCGAGAGUGCAAGUAUCAAGACCCCCGCUAGUACUGCCUGGAGAAUGCUGACAUCUCAUUCUUGCUCUAUAGCAUAUGGAUUUCAGAAUGGCAUUGCAAAUUCUUUCACUGAACACCCUAUGGGCCAAAUUCAGCCCUGGGAUAAAGGAAAGUUGCGUGUUCUUAUGCCAAGCCUGCAUUUAACCCUCUAUUUCCAGAGAAGCUGUAUCCAAGUACAGCUUGUAUCCAAGUGGUGUACCUGA